AACAGGUCGCUGGGAAACGCCACGCUGGUCCUUCGACUCCUUUACGAUUUGGCUGGGGAUUCCUAUACGACCGGGCCCAGACCGGCCCAGACGCUGGCCCGUCUAACUUCUUAAUUUCAUAACUUCUUGCUGACCGGCAGACGGCAAAACCCUUCGCGCCUUUUUGCGGAUGGGCAUCCCCUGAAUUGACUCCUGUCGAAAUUGAGCGAUCUUAAAACGGUAAUCUCAAAACGGUAGUCUACGCACGGGUAUAAAGUCUUAAAGGGAGUCGCCACUGGCGUCAGAUUUCUCCAGCCUAACCCUCUAAACCUAACCCAAAAAUCCGGGAGAGGGAGCGGCUAAAUUGGAAGUAAAUUUGGAGCGGCUUCGUCUGUUUUUGGCUAUAUCGGCCGCCAAUCUAUUUUUACCGGAUUGCGGCCGAGAACAGAAUAGACGGCCUGGAUAACACCCGCCGUAUUUACGCGAACUUGUUCGGCCGUUUGCUGCAGAUUCUACACGAAAAUGAUCACUCGAGCGGAGAGGUCGUGACUAUAUUGGGCGCCAAUGCUCGAGAAACCUUAUGGAACCUUCUCAGCUGGACACACAGCAAUCCUCGCCCAAUCUUUUGCUUAUUUGGCCACGACGCUGCCCGUCAAAGCGUCAACGUCAAAGAUGACGAAGAAUUUGAGCAGUGGUGACGGGAAGCUGGACGACACUUCGCCGGCAACUUUGGUGGCAACCCAACAAACCAACAUCGUUACGGGCAGUGAUACUCGAAUCAAUUCCUUCCUGGGCUGCUGGUGCCUGCCCGUUGCUGGCCUUGAAGUUGCUUGUUCAUUCCAAGAUGAACAUCGUCAAGGAGACUGCCUGGGCCGUGUCGAACAUUGCUGCCGGAAACGCCAUCCAGAUUCAAGCUCUCAUCACCAACAACGUUGUUCGUCCGUUGGUGGACGCCAAAAGGAAGCAGCUUGGGCCAUCACCAACAUCACCUCGGGUGGCAAUGUCGAUCAGAUUGCUUUGUUGUGCCAGUUUGGUGCCAUCGCUCAUAACUGUGCACUUAAUUGCUGGUGGCCAAGGAACCCAAAAGACGAUCUUGGUCGUGUUGGACGGAUUGGCUAAUAUUUUGGCCGCAGCCGGGGAAAUGGACAAACCAGAGAAAGUUUCCCUUUACGUCGAAGAUUGUGGUGGCCUGGAUUGCAUCGAAGAUUUGCAGAGCCACGAAAAUAAUGAGAUUUAUUACAAGUUGCUGGCCAUUCUGGAGCAGUACUUCUUACACUGAUGGAGAUGAAGAUUCCUAGUUGGCGCAGGGCAAUGACGAAUUCAAUAACCAGCCAUCUCCAUAAUCCCCUCCAAUAAGGUUUCUCAUUCCAAAUUUGGUCAUCUGAAAUUCUUUUUUCUGCCCUUACCAACGUUUUUUUUUGUUUUUAAUAGGAAGUUGCCAUUUGCUUUUAUCCGAGCUUUUAUGCCUGUCGGUGACUCCCACCGGUCCAUCGCCAUCCAGCGCCGCCGUCAAUGUCAACAACAACUACAACAAGGACAACAGCUAUAGGCAUUGCCCUCCGCGGCCGUUGGCACUUUGGCAGCCACAUCGACUCCGUCCAAAAGGGAAUUGCCGGACAUUCCGGUGAGGAUGACCACCCCCAACAAGUUGGUGACCGUCCACUCCACGAAAUCCUCGCCGGUGACUCCGCAACAACUCGGCUCCAAACUGCAACACCACAACCACCUGCAGUAACAACGAGGCAGCAAAUCGGAAUCGGCCAACGUGCCGGCCACAACGAAGGUUUGUUUGCCGAUUGGAUCAUCUCACAAAUUAAGGACCCGAUUGGCUCUGACGGAUUCGCUGUCGUCGUCUGAAGAGCAGCCGUCACGCUCACGCAAGACAUUAGCAAUGGAGCAGUGGAAGGUAUUUUUGCUGUUAAUUUGUUUAUCGAGUUGAGGGCUAUGAAUGUUGACUGCUUCACCAGAACAACAGAAGUAUACGUCCUAGACAAGGUCGAUCCAUUUCACUAUGUGCAGUGCUUUACUACUAGUGUUUGAUUGCCAGUCACUGUAUGGAUGAGUUUCAACUGCAACAUCUGUCAUCUGGUCAAGUGUUGAUAGGCCUACAGAGUCAAGGAAGAAAGUUUCCACAGUCGAAUCCUCUGAUGUUGAAAAUUCUGGUGUUGUUAGGAGGAAAUCUUCCAGGCUAUCUGGAAAGAAGAUGAAGAUAUCGUGGAGAAAUUCUGAUGAUGAUUUUGAGGGUGACAAGUAUGAUGAAAACACUUGCUCUGAUGAUGACGAUGAAGAGUUUGAAGGUCCCAGGAAGAGAAGACGUGCACAGCCAAAAGGUCCCAAAGGGCCAAAGCAGAAAAUUGUGAUUCCCAAGAACCGUCCCAACUUUUAUGGGGCAGUGCCUGGUGUUCAGGUUGGCAGGAUUUGGGAAACCAGAAUGGCAUGUUGUGCUGAUGGAAUUCAACGACCCACUGUUGCUGGAAUUCAUGCAGGUCCUGAGGGUGCUUAUUCCCUCUCACUAUCUGGCGGAUACGAAGACGACAUUGACCUAGGUGAAUGUUUCACGUACACAGGUGAAGGCGGCCGAGCUCUGAAAGGAACUGCAUCCGACCCGAAGAAUUUACGGACCGCUCCUCAGAGUAAAGAUCAAACUCUCACGCGGGGAAAUUUAGCUUUAUCACUGAAUAUCACUACUCGCAAACCUGUCCGUGUCAUUCGGGGAUCCAACCUCAAAAAUGAAUUUGCACCUGAAUACGGAUAUAGAUACGAUGGUCUAUACACGGUUGAAAAGUAUUGGCAAUGCGUAGGGAAAUCUGGGUUUAAAGUUUACAAAUUUGCUUUGAGAAGGUGCCCCGAUCAACCCCCACCACCCUGGGUCUCUGGCGUCGUAUCUUACGCCAAUGCCGCGAGUUCGGCCGAAGAAGAUGGUGAAGACAUGGACGAUGACGAUGCCGAGGAACAGAAACCUACCGUCCUUAAAGUGAAAUUAUUUAACAAGUGAAUGUCGCUCAUAUUCAACCUUCUUUUAAAAUAAGUUUAGUCUAUUUAUGUGAUGUGGCAGUAAGUUUAUUCCUGUUUGACUGCGUAUUUUUAUCCUAGAGUGGUCAUUUUAAAACGAGUAUUAACGAAUGAUGGCAUAUUGGCAGAUUGUGAAAUAUAAAAACUGCAUCUUUUUUU